UCAUGGCGAGACAUUUUGGCUGAGGUCUGGGAUCAUACCGGCAAGGCUCCAACACAGCAGCUGCAUCCUUGCCGCAAUGCGCCGCGCGACGCUCGCGUUGUUCGCCCUCGUGCUGUCCGGCCGCGGCUGCGCCGCGGACCAGAACACCUCGAGCACCUCCGCGAACGAGACAUGCUAUUCCUGCUGCCUGACGAACCAGGAUCUUCCGUCCGGCAUGAGCCUGGUGCCAGAGAGCCAGCGCAAGAACAUCACAAAAGGCAUGCAGAGCAUGCCCCUCGGCAUGGCUCACGGCAGCUGGUCUUCGACGCAGAUAUUCGCCAAUAUCAUGAAAAUCAUCUCUUCGGAGGUCCUCGGCUACAACGCACGCAUUUCCGAUGACAUGUUGGGCUCUUCGGGUCAGGCUGUGUACGCCCUCGGCAAUUGCCAGCCAUUCAGCCACAACUGCUGGUCGACCGAGAAGGUUGAGGACCCGGAUGGCGACAUCCUCUCGGAGUAUCAUUUCGUAUUUGAGGUCUAUGAGAAUUAUUUCCGUUCGCAACAGACCGAGUGGGAGACCAAUUAUCCGGAGAAGGCGCCGGAGGUGAUUGGCACUGUUGGUUACGUUGGCGAUGAGGGGUUCUACGUCAAUCCAGUUUCGAUUGCCGAUGCUCUCACCGAGGACCAGCUUAUCCUCGAUUAUUACCAGGGGUACAACUCAAAUGUGUUCAACGCCACCGCAAUGAGCAGUCAUUUUACCCCCUUGGAUCAAAUCGACGCCAGCCUCUUGCAAACGUGUACUGCCUUGUUGGAUGAAGAUUACACCAGGUACCAUGGCAUCUUGAAGCGAUACAACGCGCAGUUCCCUAACGACACGACCGUGAGUGAGACUAACACCAUUUACGUUGGUCAAGAGUUUAAAUUCGCGUGGCAGUGCUUCGCGUAUGGUGCCGACACGAGGGAAGUCUGGUGGAUGUCUCCCUCGUGCCGCCACAAACCAGAGACGUGCAUCCCUGUCGUCACGAAGAAUCUCUGGGGGAGCCAGAUCAUGCAACAGGCAGCCUACUACCACAUGCCUCUCGCGGUCGCGAGCGUAUACGAUGUUGCUUCUGACGGUGCGGAGUGGAAGAGUCUUGUUGCGAAUAACAAGUUGCUUACGUUUUGGUGGUUCCCAGAUGACUUGUUCAUCCUGUCCGACCUGAAGCUUCUCACGUUUCCCCCUUAUAACAAGGAGGAGCAGGAGGCGGGGCUCGAAGUCUCUCAGCUACAGUCCAUCCCGCUGAGGAAGCUCAUGGCCAAGGGUUUGGGCGCCGUCGCCAGCGACCUCGCGCUCGUUGGCGCAAAUGUGUGGGUUCCCUUUAGCAACAUGGUCGCAAUGCUGAAGAGGAGGGUCCAGGACGGCGAAUCGGUUGCGAAUUUGGCCUGCGAGUGGGUGCGCGAGAACUCGGAGCUGUGGCACGGUUGGCUGCCCGGGGAGCUCGAGUGCAACCCGGGCCAGGGUCUCGUGGACGAGGCGGGCGAGUUCUUGUCGUCGAAGGCCGACGCCGCCGGCUGCGGCUGGUGCGAGCCAGGAACUUUCAGCGACUUCUGGAACGGCACCUCGCAGAGGAUCUGCAUGUCCUGCCCAGCCGGUACCUUCCAGAAGUCGCCCGGCCAGACCGCGUGCGAGUCGUGCUCAUCCGGCAAGUUCACAAGCUCGGAGGGGAAUACCGCGUGCACAGACUGCGGGGUGGGCACUUACGCCGAGGGUAGCGACAACACGGCCUGCACGAGCUGCGCCACGCACGAGAGCACCAUGAUCCGUGGCGCCACGACCUCGUGGGAGUGCGUUUGCGACGACGGUUAUUUUCGCGCCAAGGGCCACUCUGAGAUGGACGGGGUGCACGCGGAGUGUAAUGCGUGCCCGCAGGGCAUGGAUUGCGAAAAGGGCGACGAUGACCCUCCCCCGAAGCUCCUUGCUGGCUUCUGGGUCAGCGAACAGGACGGCAUUGACAGGGAGUAUUCUGUCUACCGAUGCCGGGACGAGCUGGAGUGCCCGGGAGGAGACGCCGGCACGUGCGCGGAUGGGCGUGACCCUUCUGAAAUUGGUUGUGCUUCCUGCAAGGAGAACCAUCACGUCGGGUCGAAUGGGGAGUGCCAGAUGUGCCAAGGGAGCGCCGUGUUGCCCCUGAUCGGGGCCGCCAUCGCAACGCUCUGUGGAUUGGUCGGAAUGGCGUUCUUCGCAAGGGUGGACGUUACCAAGGUCAGGAUGAACACGGUCUCUGUGGCCAUCUGCAUGAGCCAGACAAUCAUGAUUCUCCAGACGUUGUCGCUGUUUUUCACCAUGAAGGUCAAUUGGAUCGACCCGAUCAAAUCCAUGUUUACGGGUUUCUCGGUCGCGGCGUUCGAUUUCUCAGUGUUGAACCUUUCGUGCGGGGUCUCUGACUCCGACGUGGUGUCGAAGUAUGCUCUUCGGCUGCUGUCAUUCCCUUUGUGCUUAGCGAUGCUUUGCCUAGUAUUCGCCAUCUUCCACUUCGUGCUCAGAGCGCCAAUCAGCAAGGACCAUAUCAUCAACUCCAUAGGGGUUCUCACCCUCGUGUUUUUCCUCAUGCUCAACAUGACUGGCCUGUCGCCGUUCCAUUGCAUCAGCAGCCCCAAUGGGACGUCCUCGCUUUCAUCCAACCCGUCUGUCAUUUGCUUCGAGGAUUCUGAGUGGACUGCAAUGGCCGUCAUGGGCAUCAUCGCCGUGCUCGUGUACGGGGUCGGCUUCUUCUCAGUCGCCUCGUACGUCACCCUCAACUACCCAGCUCUGGUGAUUCAUGAGGGCUCGAUCGUCAUGUCCAGGUAUCGGUUCAUGUUUCAGCGCUUCACUGCCAAGUGCUACUACUUCACCCCGGUCUACCUGAUCCGUACUCUGCUAAUCGCUCUGAUCCCCGUCAUCUUCGCUGACCACGGCCACCGCCAGAUGAUCUUCCUGGUUCUCGUGAUGGUAGUGUUCGGCUUCAUCCACGCGAGGUACUUGCCUUGGAGGGGCGCGAUCCCGAACGCGCUGGACAUACACGUGAUGGGGUGCAUGAUCCUCCUGCUGACCUGCUCAUCGUUGUUGCUCACGGUCGAUGCGGGCGACAUGACGGCAGACCUCGAGGUGUUCUUCACCAUCAUCAUGGUCUUUGUAUUCGGCGCCAUCGGCAUCUUUCUGGCUUCCCUCGCGUACCGCCGCUUCGUGCCGAAGGACAGGUGGACCGCGUUUUUGUGCCACAUCUCGGACACCGCUAUCACGGCCCGCUGGGUCAAGAUGGAGAUGGAGAAGAGGAUGGUAGACAAGAAUGGCAUCUUCCUGGCUUCGGACAAUCUUGACUGGAAUCUGGAGGACAUCUUCGACCUGAUGCGCUGCCAGCUGGCAGACAACAUCGUGAUCCUCCUCUCGGGCGGGACGCUCUCCAACCCGCACUGCGCUGGACAGAUCACAACGGCCUACACGAACGGCGUGCAGAUGGUUCCGGUCGCCCUGGACUCCUACACCGAGCUCUGUGACGAGGACCUCGACGAGGCGGUCAUCGCCAAGCGCUGGGCCGCGGAGGCGUUCAGGCGCUGCACCGCCGAGGGCAUCUCGCUAACCAUGGUGAAGGACGCCUACGCCGCCCUGAGCAGCAAAGCCAAGAUCUCGUGCCGUGUGGUGGCGAACCGCUUGGCCAAAAGCCACAGCACGACGCUGUAUGCCCUCGCCGAGGUGUCGAGCACCUGCGGAGCAGGCAAGGCAGCGGACGGCCCGGAGGAGAAAGGCGGGGAUUACGCCGUGGGCGUUAUUGCGGACGUUUGCGAUGCAGAGGCCAUCGCGACGGUGGAGGUGCUGAAGAUCAUGGUCGGCGCGAUCAAUGGCUGGGAGCUCAAGGGCCUGAUGCAGGAGUCCGAGGUGCGUCAGGCUCAGGCGCCCUCCCAGCUGCUCCUGGUCGUCCUCACCCGCGGGUGCCUGGGCUCCGAGAUCUUCGUGCAGACCGCGAACGCCGCGGUGCGAGCCUGGCCGUCGGUACCCAUCCUGGCCGCGAGGACCGACGACUUCAGCUUCCCCACGGAGGAGACGAUGCAGAAGGUGCUCGCCCCGCAGAUCUCCAAAGGCGCCGAGAUCCUGGAGGAGCACGUGUCCUCGAUUUACGCCAAGCUUCUGGCAAGCAGCAGCGUGACCAUCGUGGCUAACGCCCGCAUGUCUUCUCUGGAGAAGCAGGUCGGCUACCUCACCAGUUGCGCAGCGGAGUUGGCUUCGUCUCCCAGCAGUGGCGGCGAAGGGGCGCCCCCUGAACCCUCCGCAGCCGCAGGCAACGAGGGCGAGCCCGGUGAGAAGUCGAAGGACCACAGCGGGGGCGAGCGGGGCAAGGACGACGGGCCCGCGACAGAGGGCGACAUCGAUGAGUCGGCGAGCGUGUAGGAACAAGUUGUUAGGGGAAGACCUCCGUGAGCGAGCGAGCAACACGAGCAGUCCUGUCGGCUGCUCGGCAUGGUGCAUCUACCAGCCCUACAGUGGAAUAUCCAAAUGAAUGGAUAUCGGGCUUUUUGGAUUCCGUACCUCCUACGCCGUAAAUGUUUACGAUCGCGGCGUUUUUCCAGAAUCGCUGGUAGGUCUUCCACUGUCCCUGGGAGCGUGGCCGAAGUGCGGCGUCCCACUUUUCGGGGUGGGAGGUAUCAGUCACGACGUAUCCAAGCGAUAGGGAAUCAGGGGCCUGGAAUGUGGCAUGUACAUAUUCUAUAUGGAUUCGACCCCGUCUCUGGCGCGCGGAGCGCGCCGGGGACGCCGACACGCCUUGGGUUUUUUUUUGGCCGCGCGCAGCAUCGCUCGCCCUGCCAGUUUCCGCCACUUUCAAUGAUGCAGGCUUGGCGGAAAG